AUAAUCUUUGGGGAGAUGAACAGUCAAAUAAGAAAAGUACAAAAUGAAUUGUGGUUCUCCUGUCUUGUGUUCCACUUGGAAAGGACUAAAACUGUUUAGGAGAGCAGCACACAACUAACUGUGUUGUCUCGUCACCUCAGGACAACAAGCUGUCAUCACAGGGGCAUCAUGGGAAAUGUGACAAAGGGAAGUGAUCAUUAAAAAACAUGGAUUAUCCCACAUUUGAAUGUGUGCCAAAUCAUGAUGGAAUAUUUCCUCUGCAGUGGACAUUUCUUUUCAUCUAUACUUUUUAGGAUUACACAUUUCAGGAAAAAAUGCACAACACAAUGUCCACUGGAGAGGACGCUGGCUCUCAGGAUAUUUACAUUGUUGAGGAAAAACUAUUCAAAGUCCAUAUUUGACAUGAAAAUGUACGGAUGAGAAAGUACAGACAAAUAAAAAUGUCCUUCUAGGAGAAAAGCAAUGCAAUUUUACCAGGAAAGAAAAGUGAAUAUAUGAGAAAAGUCUGAAUUUUGCAAUUUUACACAACAUCCCAAUGAAAGAAGUUUCGAUUUCGACUUCUUUGUUACAAGAUUUAAUGUUAGAAAAGUUUAGAUUUUUACCUGGAAAAAAGUGUCAAUUAUGAGGAAACCCAGAGAAAUGUCAAGUGAAAAGUGGAACUUUGUUAGCUUCAAUGUUUGAACGCGAGGAAUGUUUGGUGUUGAAAGAUAUUAAUAUCAAUUAGAAUGUGGGAACAUUGUGGGAUGUGGAAUAUUUGAAUGUUUACUUUCGACAAAACAGCUGUUUUUGUUUUCUAUCAACAAGAAAUGAUUGUCAUAAUCAAAAGCUAUGAAUACAUAUGCUGCUGUUAUUUCUGGGUUCAAAUACAUUUAUGAAUGAUAAAGAGAAGAAUAUACUCCUAUCAUUUUGAAAGCCGUCAAAAGCCCUUUUAAGAAAGAAAAAAACCACAAAAAGUGUUAGCUGUGUGACAACUACAAUUCCCAGCAUGCUUUGCUCGUACGUCACUACCGGCUCCGCAAUACGGAAUGUUUGUUUGGAGGUAGAAUAAGUUGCUCUCUGUGAAGCCCAGCGACUAACUAGACGAGCGAGUGGAGGAAACAUGGCUUAAAAACAGGUAACGCUGAUGUUGGAGGACAUUCAACUGUUUCAAAACCACCUACUUUGUCUUUCUUUAGACUAUGUUCACUUGUUGGAGCCUGCUAGCAUGAAUGCUAGCUGCGCCUGUUUCUGUCGCCAUGGCAACGCACUUUGUUUCCUCUGAUGACCAAUAUUUAUGACAAAGUGCAUUCUUAACUUUGUAAAGACGUCAUUUGAAGGUGACAUGCUCUCGUCUUAUUAACACGCUCCAAUAAGAUGACGCUGACCCCUAGUGGCGGAUGUUUGUCAACAAAUAAUAAAUACUUUUGUGUCCUUGGAGCUGAGAUGGAAGACUAUGAAGUUGUGCGUCAGAUCGGAGAAGGCGCCUUCGGUAAAGCCUUCCUGGUGCGACCCAAAGGUGCUGCGGGCACACAAUGUGUGGUGAAGAGGAUCGACCUGACCAAGAUGUCCAGCAGAGAGAAGGAGUUGGCCAAGAAGGAGGUGGGCCUCCUGUCCAGCAUGGAACAUUCCAACAUUGUGUCCUUCUUACGCUCCUUCCAAGAUGGCGGCAGUCUGUGCAUCGUCAUGGAGUUCUGUGAUGGAGGAGACCUGAUGAGGAAGAUCAACCUGCAGAGAGGAGUCUUCUUCACUGAACAACAGGUACUGGAUUGGUUUGUUCAGAUCUGCCUGGGCCUCAAACACAUCCAUGACAGAAAGAUCCUGCACAGAGACAUUAAAAGUCAGAACAUCUUCCUCACUGAGCGAGGGAAGAAAGUCAAGCUUGGAGACUUUGGCAUUGCCAGAAUGUUAAAUAACACCAUGGAGCUUGCCAGGACUUGUGUUGGGACUCCUCACUACUUGUCUCCAGAGAUCUGUGAGAGUCGACCAUACAACAACAAAACGGACAUGUGGUCUCUGGGCUGUGUCCUCUAUCAACUGUGCACACUCAGACUGCCUUUUGAGGGCAGGAGUCUACACCAGCUGGUCAGUCACAUCUGCAGAGGUCACUACAAACCUUUGACCUCUCCUUAUUCAUCUGACCUUUGUCUGUUGGUCACUCACCUCUUUAAGGUGAACCCUCGCCAUCGUCCAUCGGUCACUUCGGUCCUGCAGUGUCCUUUCCUGCAGAAAUACCUGCACACUCAGGACAUGGGUCACCAUAACAAAGCAGCAACAACUCCAGCCUGCAGACCAACACCAGACAAGAAGAAAUGCAAAGCUGCUCUGAAGAAACAUCCUGUCAAACCAGAAUGGAGAGGCUGUGCUGCUGCUAAUUACACACUUCUUCCCCUGAGAGCAGCUGGAGACGCAGCAUGUCAUCAGAACCACAAGUUUGGACAGUACCAGCAGUUCUAUGUCCAACUGGAUGCUCUGCAGCAGGGAGACUCAUGUUCUCCACAACCUCUUCCUGCACCUCCUCCACGUGAAGACCUCCAAGAUCCACAUGGAGAACCCUACAAGCUGGUGGCAGCAGCUCGUGAAGAGUACCUUCAGAGGCGCCAGGAGGCCAACCGCUACAAGCUGAGAGCAGAGAAACAGCUGGGUUUGCGUCCCAGCACGGCAGAGGGCUGCAGGCCAACUGGCCAUCAAGAUGAGGGCAAGCAUACAGUCCAGGACAGGAAGCAGGAGGGCCAGCAGGAGUACCUGAGACAACUGCAUGCCAUCAGACAGCAGUAUCAUCAGGACAUGAGACAGAUGAGACUGAGAGUCGACGCUCAGCAUGACACCUUUGUGAGGGACCCUCCCACAGAGCACCAAGUCCAAGCUGUACAGGACGUUGAAGCGGCUCUCAAGGAGAUCAGGGAGGAGAACAGGAAGAAAGACCUGAGGAACAAACACAAGGACCAGAAAGCAAUUAUGUUUGAGAUCCGCCUGGAUGACAGUGAUGGGAUGAAGGACACUUCAGAGGAGGACCAGGGGACACCAGAGGAUGGGAUGAAGGACACCUCAGAAGAGGACCAGGGGACACCAGAGGAUGGGAUGAAGGUCCCCUCAGAGGAGAACCAAGGGACACCAGAGGAUGGGAUGAAGGUCCCCUCAGAGGAGGACAAGGGGACACCAGAGGAUGGGAUGAAGGUCCCCUCAGAGGAGAACCAAGGGACACCAGAGGAUGGGAUGAUGGUCCCCUCAGAGGAGGACAAGGGGACACCAGAGGACCAACAGGAAGUAGACCAUCACAACCUGACAGAAGAGAGAGACCACUUUCAUCCAGCCAGGAGGGUCUGGACUCAGAGGCCCCCUAAGACACUGCUGGAGGCGCUGGUCCACAUGGACUCGCUCUCCAGCACUAUGCUGGAGGACCAAGCAGGUGAGGAGGACCAGGCAGGUCGCCGCCAGUGGGUCCACCGCCUCCCCAGAACCCUGCUGGACGCACUUGCUCAAGCCGACCCACGGACCACCACGGUGGACUUGGCGAGCGCAGACUCAGACAGAGACGACAUGGAGGACGACUCGGAUGUGGAAGUGGACCAAGUGGACCAAGUGGACCAAGUGCACCUUCAGUCCGGGUCGGACCACGAUGACGACACGAACUUUGAGGAGUCUGAGGACGAGGUGAAGGAGGCCAUGUCUGACUCCAUGAAGAACCUGCUUGUCAUCAACGCUCCAGAGACUGGUCAUCAGUACCAGGCUGAAGAAGCACAUGUCGAUAACACACAUGUCGAUAACACACAUGUCGAUAACACACAUGUCGAUAACACACAUGUCGAUAACACACAUGUCGAUAACACACAUGUCGAUAACACACAUGUCGAUAACACACAUGUGGAUAACACACAUGUGGAUAACACACAUGUGGAAAACACACAUGUGGAAAACACACAUGUCAAUUACAUACAUGUGGAUAACACACAUGUGGAAAACACACAUGUCGAUAACACACAUGUGGAAAACACACAUGUGGAUAACACACAUGUCAAUUACAUACAUGUGGAUAACACACAUGUGGAAAACACACAUGUCGAUAACACACAUGUGGAUAACACACAUGUGGAAAACACACAUGUGGAUAACACACAUGUCAAUUACAUACAUGUGGAUAACACACAUGUGGAAAACACACAUGUCGAUAACACACAUGUGGAUAACACACAUGUGGAUAACACACAUGUGGAUAACACACAUGUGGAUAACACACAUGUCAAUAACAUACAUGUCGAUAACACACAUGUGGAUAACACACAUGUGGAUAACACACAUGUGGAUAGCACACAUGUCGAUAACACACGUGUCGAUAGCACACGGAUCGAUAACACACGUGUCGAUAACCCACAUGUCUAUAACACACAUGUCAAUAGCACACGUCGACAGCACACAGGUCGAUAACACGCGUCAAUAACACAUGUCGAUAGCACAUAUGUGGAUAACGUACAUGUCGAUAACACACAUGUCAAUAACACAUGUCAAUAACAUACAUGUCAAUAGCACACAUGUCGAUAGAAGCCAUGGAACAAAGAAAUACAGCAGAGUCCUGCACAGACGCUACCACUUCUACCAGUCAGUAACAGACUUCACUCACAGAUUUUUGCUUCACGAUGUUAGAAGAAAAUAUGUUUUAGAUGUAGUCUCCUGACUUUGAUCAUGAAUACAGACCACACCUGUGUCUGCUUUUGUUGUAUUAGAUGUAGUCUCCUGACUUUGAUCAUGAAUACAGACCACACCUGUGUCUGCUUUUGUUGUAUUAGAUGUAGU